GCACGCAACCACCUCUCCACAAGAUUUGAGAUUUGAACAAGUGUACAAGCCUUGUAUGUGACCAUGUAGUUCCACGCUCAGACGUACGAUCGUAUCUUCGCAGACAACAAAGACGCCCGCAAUAACAUCGAAAAAUGGACUAGAAAAUAUUACCUCCUCCUUAAAAUUCAUAGCCAGGAGAGGAUGGAUGGGAGUUAAUAAAGCCAGGGCUGGAACAGGGUGGAGGAAAUUCUGAGGUGGAAUAAAGAAUGUGACUUAGCGAAAGGAUGCUUAUCUAGAUGGUCGUGUCUCGGUUAUCAGUCUAUGCGAUGAGGAGCGCUUCCCAUGUCUUUAUACGCAGUCGACUAUAGGAGAAAAGCGCGCGGUAAUGCAGCAUGCAUCGUGAUGAUGUUCCAUGGUCAUUUGUAUACAAUCGGCAGACGAUUCCGGAUAAUAUAGUUGUGUGGUGCUUGCACGGGGAGGUGGUGUGAUGUACGUUUACUGAUACCGUGGUGUGUGGUUGUGAUGAAGAAAGAUUGUGAAUGUUGUCAACUAUGCACGGGCUGUACUCGCCCCAAACAUCCAUGUAUGAUCUCUGCCAUGAACAUCCUGAAGAUCCGAAUCGGCAUCCUCCGUAAAGUCCUCAUUCUCGGCAUCGUCCUAGUCACGAUCUCGCUCCUCUACUUCGUCCGACCACUCCAAGAGACCCACGUCAGUCGGUCGUAUAUCAGCAGCGAGAACGAUGGCGAGGUCGGCGGCGGAAAGCAAGACGGGGUAGACUACGAUGUGCAAUCGGAGUUCAUGGGGGUCUUACCUCGAGUUCUGGACUCGGCCAAGAGAAGCGGCGUCGUCAGCCAUCUUCGUUCACUUAUAGGUCUUGGGUGGAAGGAUAAUAGCGGUACAUCUUCGAAAACGGAGAUUAAAUUUGACUCGCAUGCCGAACGUUUGUUGGAUAUCCUAGAAGUAAAUCUCUUCCAGAAUAAAACGAACGCUAUCGAUGAAGUAACUGUUAUCAAGCCUUCAAGGAAAGAAGGCAUUCACCGUUCAACGUCUGAUGAAGGAGAAAUACCAGUUGGUGAUGGCCUUCAAUGUAUUCCGGGGAAAUCGCGAGACAGAAUGUUAAACCUGUUUGGUAACGGCUAUGACGCCAACCUUCAUCCUUUUAUUGGCUCGAAAACGGGAGUGUCCGGAGUUAUGUCACUUCCACCACCGUUUGGGUUUCGCAAAUCAGAAAGUGCUUUGAUAAAAGCUGUAACAGUCGUGGGGCAGUCAGACUUUCCUACGAGUAAUUCUUGCAGCCGUUGUGUAGUAGUCGGAAACGGAGGCGUCAUGAAGCAGUCGGCGAUGGGUCCGAUCAUUGACGAUUUCGACGUCGUCAUCAGGCUGAACGACGCCCCUACAGUAGGCUAUGAGAAGGACGUUGGUUCGAAGACGACAAUUCGCAUGGCCUACCCAGAAAGCAGCUUCCAGUCAUCGCUUCUGUACAAGGGCAACUGGCUCUACGUCAUCGUCAUCUUCAAACAAGCCGACUUGCUAUGGGUGGCUGACGUGGCUGCUGGAAAGAAAGCGCCAUCGUUGAAAUUUUGGAAGUCGGUAGCCCGGGCCGUGCCGAAGCCUUCCGAUGAAUUUCGCAUCUUUAAUCCUCUCAUUAUUCGAGAGACAGCGGAACUCGUCGGUAUGAAGGUCGGCAAUGGCAAAGUCGGAAAGAAUGUACCAACGACUGGAAGCUUUGCGAUCUCCAUGGCAACACGAUUAUGUGAUGAAGUCAGCGUGGCUGGCUUUGGGUAUGACGUAACCAAACCUCUUCACUACUACGACAAAUUACAGAUGAAGAUCGUGAAAGAAUCAUGGACUCACAACAUCGAUAUUGAGAAAAAAUGGCUGCUUAAAAUGGUUCAACAGGGUGUUAUCCAUGACUUAACGCGCGGAAUCAAAUGACCACUUUGGUCUGCAUAAAACUGCAAAACUUUUCAGCGAAACAAAACUUGACUAGUUGGUCAGCCGGUAU